AUGGAGGAGAACCACAUCUACAUCAUCCUAGGCUCGGUCCUGGGUGCUCUUGUGCUGGCACUAGGGGCCGUGUUGCUCAUGUUCUGCCGCAAGAGAUCCAAGAGGAGGACGCGAAUCUUCUCCCUGCGCGCAGUCACUCCCCUGGACGACGCCGAGUUCGAAUCCUGGAGACGGCCCAGCAAGUACACCCAACGGCCGGAGAAGUAUGGCAUCUUGCCGUCAAAGCCAGCCGUUGUGCGCGCCAAGUCGACGCCCAACAUCUUCGAGAAAGAGGUCGCAUACGACAUGCCUGGUACACCUCCUCGGACGCCCCCUCAUUCAAUCACUCCAACCAGCCCGAUCCGGAUGCCCGACCAUGCGCGCCGAAAGUCCAGCGUGACGUCGCUCCAGGAUCGGCCACCUACACCCUUCUCUCCCACUCUGUCAGAGGCUGAUGAAGAGUCCUCGUCAUAUCUACCUCAUCCAAAAUCUUCCCGACAGCACCAAGGUCAUGUCCACUACCCCUCAGUAUCAGAGGCAUCGACGUUCGACUUUGGCUUCCACACGUCUCCGCGGGAGAGCGAGCGCUUCUCGGGCCAAUCCGAGAGGCGGAUUUACACUCGAGCUCGACAGCAUUCCGAGACAUGA